CAGAGAUCUGACUGCGAAUUCACCUUAUAUAUAGCACAUGUCCUCCAGACGCCUUUAAAGAAAUAAAUUCGUCAAACCACUAGCUCGAAACAUUAAGCUCAGCUAUAUUGUCCUAGACAACAGGGAUUUGGGUAUUUGUUCCUUCCCAAGUUUUCAAACAAGGCCCACUCUAUGUAGAUACCCCGCCGACCAUAAUUACAACAUCUGCCCAUAGUUUGAGGCUAAUAAAUAUCGCCAAAUCCUCGAAAUGGCCGAUAAUCGCUCGGGACAAGAAGCGAAAGAAGCUGAGGAUCGUGCAGCGAAGCAGGCGCUCACAUUAGCCCUCACUGAUCAGGAAACUGUGAAACGGAUGUCAUCUUCAGGAGAGAGGGCCCAGCGGGAUAGGCCUAAUGCAAUGCAACGACAUCGGGAGGAAGAGGCUGAAGCUGCACGUCAGGCUGAAGCGGCACGUCAGGCAGGAGGAUCAGGAAGUGGAGGGUCUUGAUUACAAUAGUUAUGCGCUACUAUCAUAUUCAUCCGUCAGAAGCCAAUCGCUAGUGAUCGUGGUAGAUCUAGCUGAAAUAGCAAGCAGUUAUGCAGGAUUGCUGACCACAAAAAAAUCUGCUCAUUG